AUGUCCACCGACUGGUACGGUUCCGCCAACGCGCUCCUUCGCAGCCUCACGUCCCGGUACGAUGACCGGUACGGGCUCGGCACGAUGAGCGCCAGCAUCUAUGAUACCGCCUGGGUCGCGCUCGUCUCCCGGACCAUUGACGGCCAGAAGCAAUGGAUUUUCCCUGAAUCCUUCCAAUUCAUCUACGACCAGCAGGCGGAGGACGGCAGCUUCCCCGGCGAUGGCUCCGUCGCGGACGCCGUGAUCAACACCCUUGCGUGCUUGCUUGCGUUCAAGCACCACGAGAGCACCUGGAAUGGCGGCAAGAACGACAUCGCGGCUCGCUCCGAGAAGGCCGUUGCCUUCCUCAACACCGCGCUGCAGACCUGGGACGUCAAGAGCACGGAGCGGAUCGCGCUCGAGAUGAUCGUCCCGAGCCUGUUCGAGCAGCUCGCGACGUUUGGGCUCGACUUCGACUUCCCACAGCGCAAGUACCUCUUCGCUGUACGCGAGAAGAAGCUUUCCAUGGUCGACAUCGAAAUCGUGUACAAGCACCACACCACCGUCCUCCACUCGCUCGAGGCGUUCGUCGGCAAGAUCGACUUUGAUCGCAUCGCGCAUCACGUCCGCGGCGGCAGCCUCAUGGCGUCGCCGUCUUCCACUGCCGCCUACCUUACGUAUGCGUCCAAGUGGGAUGAGGCGGCCGAGGGGUACCUCAGGCACGUCAUUGAGCAGUGCAAAUCGUACGGCUACGGCGCCGUCUGCAACGUCUGGCCUACGACCGUGUUCGAGUUCUCCUGGUCCGUUUGCAACCUCGUCGAGAGUGGCUUCGACCUCGCUAAGCUCGAUCAAGACGCUCUCGCCCGCAUUCGCGACGUGCUUUACAAUGCUCUCGCGGCAGAGAAGGGCAUCAUCGGGUUUGCUGCUAACGUUGGCCCCGAUUCCGACGACACCGCCAAGGCGCUUACGGCGCUUACCUACCUGGGGAAGCCGUUCCCCUACGACGCCCUCCUCAAGACUUUCGAGCUCCCGACGCACUUCCAGUGCUUCCAGUUCGAGCGCAACCCCAGUUUCAGCGCCAACUGCAACAUCCUUAUCGCGCUCCUCCGCUCUACCGAGCCUAAAAACUUUACCAGCCAAGUCAUCAAGGCCGCGACCUUCAUCACCGAGGAGUGGUGGACAAUCGAGGGUCCCGUCGAGGACAAGUGGCAUCUAUCGCAGUGGUACCCUGCCAUGCUCGCUUCUCAGGGCUUGCUCCGCCUUCUCUACCUUCACGGCCAAGGCUUGUUCUCCGAAGUCUCCGAGCACCUCUUGACUGUAAAGAUUCCUCUGACCCUUUUCGGCAUCCUCAUUCGUGUCCUUCAAUCACAACAUGAGGACGGCUCCUGGGGCGUCAACAAGAGCCGGGAGGAGACCGCUUACGCCAUCCUCGCGCUCGCCAACCUCGCCUCGCUCCCCUACGUUGACCUCAUCCGCGACCAAGUGAAUGCCGCCGUUGCCAAAGGGCGCGAGUACCUCCUCUCCGUCAACGCCAUAGAGAAGCUCCACAUCGCCCCUGCGGAUUACAUCUGGGUCGGCAAGAUCGGCUACGGCGUCGAGCACGUCUGCAAUGGCUACGUCGUCUCCGCGAUGCACAUCCCCGUGCCGCUUUACGAGCCUGCGUCGGUCGAUACCGGCGUGAACGUGUCCGCGGAGAAGAUCAAGGGCUUCGCCAAGUUCUACUCGCGGCUGCCGAUGUACCAGGGCUUCCCCCAGUGGCGCAUGUACGCCUGGCUCAUUGAAUCCUUCCUCUUCCUCCCCGAACUUCGCAGGGUGCACCACAUCGCGUUCGACAGGCAGGGCAUGAAGGAGGACCCGUACUUCGAGUACCUGCCCUUCUCCUGGACGGGCCCGAACGGUAUGGAGGAGACGUACGCGAGCGCGCAGACGAUCUUCGACAUGAUCGUCAUCUCCAUGGUUAACUUCCAGGUCGACGAGUUUUUCGACAUCGUCGUGCAGAAGCACGGCGAGGGCGCGCUCGCCUACCUCCGAACGCUCAUCGAUGAGAUGAUGGCCGGGAUUGAGAAGGGCAUCAUCCCGCCCGCGAUCCCGCAGAACGCCGGGAAGGCCGACGGCGAGGCGCAGCCCACCGGCUACGACGAAAUCCGCGCGCGCCUCGGCCACUUCGUCAACUUCGUCUUCACCUACCCACGGAUCGAGUUCGCAAGCGAGAACGACAAGGCACAGCUCCGGAAGGAGAUGAAGAUCUACCUCCACGCGCACACGACCCAAUGCGAGGACAACGUGAAGCUGCAGGCGCAGGCCGAGUACGACCCCUUCCUCUCCCCGCGCUCCUCCUACCUCAAGUGGGUGCGCUCGACGGCGGCGGACCACCUCUCGUCCCAGUACGCGUUCGCGUUCAUCACCUGCCUCCUUGGCCACAGCCAGAACAAGGGCAAGGAGGUCUCCAAGCGCGAGGACUACUUCCCGACGGCGGAGAUCAAGUACAUCGCCCAGGACUGCAGCACGCACCUGUCCGUCAUCUGCCGCAUCUUCAACGACUGGGGCUCGAUGAAACGCGAUCGGGAGGAAAAGAACCUGAACGCGGUAUUCUUCCCCGAGUUCGAGGGCCGGGCGAAGGGCAAGGACGAGAAGCAGCUCAAGGCGGAGCUCCGAGCCAUCUCCGAGUACGAGCGCAAGUGCCUCAACCUCUCGUUCGACGAGCUCCUUCGCGUGGCGCAGCGCACCGUCGGCCCCCAGGCCGGCAAGCGUCUGCACGAGGUUGUUCGGCUGUUCUAUAAUGCCAGCGAGAUGUACACGGAGAUCUACGAGUUCAGGGACAUAAGCACAUGGAAUUAAUGGCUGGCACAUUAUAUCACGGGCAUUUUGUGUAUGUAUAUUAUGGACACAUAGAUUAACGAUAGGCAUGGAAUACAA